CCUGCGCGGGGACCGUCGCAGCGCAGGCAGAGGGCGCGCGCAGCGCGGGGAGAGCUGCGGCCUCACGUCCGGUUACCGCGCGGCCGUCUGCCACCUGGGCGCGUGCUGCAGGGACUAGAGGGCCGGCGACCCGGCGACCGCGGCUCGUCCCGCGCGCCCCGAACCUCCAGCGCCCCCGCGCCCCCGCCCGCGCCCGCUCCGCCAUGGGCGCCGCCGGCUCGUCGGCCCUGGGCCGCCUCGGCCUCCCCGCGUCGCGCCUCCCCGCGCAGCCCCGGCCCGGCUGGCUCGCGGUGACCGCGCUGGGACUGGCCGCCGUGGCGCUGGGGACCGUCGCCUGGCGCCGCGCGCGGUCCAGGCGGCGCCGGCGGCUGCAGCAGGUGGGCACGGUGGCGCAGCUCUGGAUCUACCCGGUCAAGUCCUGCAAGGGGGUGGCGGUGAGCGCGGCGGAGUGCACGGCCCUGGGGCUGCGCUGCGGCCACCUGCGGGACAGGUUUUGGCUGGUGAUUAAGGAAGAUGGGCACAUGGUCACCGCCCGGCAGGAGCCUCGCCUGGUGCUGGUGUCCAUCACCUAUGAGGGCGACCGCCUGAUCCUCAGGGCUCCGGGCAUGGACCAGCUGGUUUUGCCGGGCAAGCUGCCUUCUUCAAACAAGCUGCAUGAUUGCAGGCUGUUUGGGAUGGACAUCAAGGGCAGGGACUGUGGCGACCAGGCAGCUAAGUGGUUCACCAGCUUCUUGAAAACAGAAGCUUUCAGGUUGGUUCAGUUUGAGGAUCACAUGAAGGGAAGGUCAUCGAAGAAAAUUUUCUCUACCCUUGUACCGAAUUACCAGGUGGCCUACCCAGACUGCAGCCCGAUCAUGCUCCUCUCGGAAGCCUCCCUGGUGGAUCUGAAUACCAGGCUGGAGAAGAAACUGAAAAUGGACCAGUUCAGACCCAGCAUUGUGGUGACAGGCUGCGAUGCCUUUGAGGAGGAUACCUGGGAUGAGCUCCUCAUUGGCGGUGUAGAGAUGAAAAGGGUUUUGGCUUGCCCCAGGUGCGUUUUGACCACUGUGGACCCAGAUACCGGAGUGAUAGACAGGAAGGAGCCACUGGAAACCCUGAAGAGCUACCGCCUGUGUGAUCCUUCUGAGAAGCAGAUCUACAAGUCGUCCCCACUUUUUGGGGUCUAUUACUCAGUGGAGAAAGUCGGCAGCUUGAACGUUGGUGACCCCGUGUAUCGGAUGGUACCGUGACAUGGUUUCCACGUCCCGGAGGCUUUGAUGAGGACGUUACCGACAGCCGCCAACACCACCUCGGCACGUCCUGUGCUACCCAGCCCUUGACCGUCUUCACCCUGGAGCCGAAUCUCUUUGUAACUUUUUGAAGUUACGCAUGCUCCACGUUAAUGCAGGAAAAGUAUUAGAGGUGAUUCAGCAAUAAGGAGGUAUAUAGAUUGGACGUAAUGAGGACUCUUUAAAUAAAUAAAAUUGUCUAUGAAAUUA